UGUAACGCUCUGGCAAUGCCAUAUGACAAAUUGGGUUCGACUCUUAGGAGAGCUUUUUCGAAAAUGCGAUUCUAUAGCCGUGACAUUGCCAUUUCAGCUCACGUGGCAUUGUCAGAAGUCACAUAUUUGAGAUUUCUGGCAAUUAAAAUGACAAUGAAUGUUGUAAACAAAUCAACCAAGACAAACUGUAUUUGCAUAAUAUCACUUAAGUAAAGGCAUUUAAUUAAAAAAUCAGUGAAUUGCAUUUUCGAACUCAUAUGAUAUGACAAAAAAAGCUCGAAUGGCAUUGUCAGGUUUCGAACUCACGCGUGAAAAUGCCACGAAAAUUACAGAAUUCCCCUACUGGGUUUUAAUCGAAAAUGUCUUGCCAGACCAUAUUUUCGGUGUUUAUAAAGCAAUUUUGAUGAAAUUUUACUAUAUAAUGAAUGUAUCUGAGAUCGAGGCCUUUUUAACGAUGCGUCCCAUCCGUCUCUAUUCCAACCCACUGUUCCCCGUAUCCAAAUGGAUCCGACUCUAUCUCUAACGUUUAUUAAUCGAUUUCAAUGAUUUUUUUUCUUAAUAAUUAAUAUUCUUAGUAAUUCUUAGUAAUACUUAGUAAUAUAAUUGAAUUUAGGAUAAGAAAUAGUUAUUGGAUUUAAAUUGGUUCAUUGCUGAUUCAUAACCGAUUGGAAUCGGCUCAGGCUUGUCAGGAAUUCCAAGACCUUUCCAAUAUGAUACCAUUCGUUAAAGAAAUACGUUUUCAAGAGCCUUUUUAACCUUUGACCUUGAAAAACCGAUAUUAAGAAUGAUUCAACGGUAUUUUCGUAUAUGGACGAAAUAUCUGCCUGAGUAACCUGUGGUAGAAUUCUGUAAAAAUAUGACAAUGUCAUAUAGAGUCUCCUAAAUUCGAACGCUCGGGGGGUAUUUUUGACAUUUCUCACCUCCCAAAUUCGAACGAUUUUUUUCAAAACUAACGAAAUUUGUGUGAGAUUAAAUUGUACUUUGAAUUAAACUCUCGUACUUUCUCGCAAGUUUUAGUGGUAACUGACGUAUUUCGAGUGGACACGCGUUAUUAGAAAACCGGAAGUAAACACUGUGACUUGAGGAAAAAGCUUUUAUUGCGACACUUGACUUGACUUGACGAACUAAUCUGUUGAGGGCUGGGCGGCAAAGAGGAAGAUGGCAGCAUCCUUCGCUCUUUUAUAGCCGCGCUCUCAAACCCCCUCCAAGAGGAUCUCUUUCUCUCUAUCGGAGCACUCUCUCACAUUGACUUCUACAUUUUCAGACCUUACACUACAGUAACAUACUCUUCAUUUUAUACGAUAAAAAUGUAUGUAAACAUUCAGGAAGAAGCACAUGUAUAUGAUUUUCAUUCACCUAGAAUACGUACUUUCUAACAUAACCUCACAAUUGACAUUUUGAAUCCAAACGGCGUUCGAAUUUGAGAGAUUCAGAUUUGAGCGACUCUACUGUAACAAAUUUCCUUGAUAAAUUCGGGAGCAGGGCAACAUUAAAGCCCAAUGAACAUCGAAUGCCCAUUGCAAGGAGCUCCAUGAAGCUCUUAGUAAAUGAUGUGUAUCGAAUUUACGAUCAAUUUUAGAACAUAGAAAAUUUUAAGUUUGUUAUAUGACAUUGUCAUACUGCUACAGAAUUCCCCUACUGGUCACCACUAAAAUAUAUCCAAAAAUAAAAAAAUCGCACGAGUUUUCGAGAAAUUCCAAACAAAUGUUUUUGUUUGGGGUGGAGGAAAAUGAGGAGCAUAUUAACGAUUCUUGGGUUGACUUAUGGAGGGUCCCCCUUAAGUCCCAAGUCGCUAUCUCUAACGGUUUGGCCUUUAGAUCUGGCGACAGCGGGGGAUCUUGUCCCCGCGGGGUGGGAGGUGGAAAUUUUGAGGGGUGAAAAAUUGAGGGUUUUAUAUAUAUCGCUCUCUUUCUCUGUGGAGUUCGAGCAGUAAAAAUAUAUAGCCAAAAAUAGAUAUUAAUAAAAAUUGAAUGUAUAUCUGGCAAAUGAAAUGUAUGUGUGAAGUUGCCAAAAAUUUCAGUCGUACAUUCGCAUCUUCAAGCACAAUCCUCAUUUCAGAUUUUCUCAUUUUAUGCUUUUCUUUUGCUCUGAUGUUUUACUCUCUGUCUCACUUGUUCGUCUGACGAGCAAAGCGAGCAAGACGUAUUAUAUGAGAAACACAUGAAAGUGGGGUAACACAUUGAUGACGACUGAAUGUGGCUCCAACAACGUGCCAAUGAAUCGCUUUCUAGUGCACGUUCGACCGCUUAAGAUAGUAGUUGUAUUCACGAGAGUCACUCAACGAAAUAUCUUUCUUAUUAUAACUUUUGCAAUUUAUCUUGACCACCAAAUACGGACAAUAGUUUUAGUAUAAAGAAGUUUACCUUUCUUAAAAGUUAUUCUUUAGAUUAGUGAAUUGUUUAUUUUUUUUCUAAUGAUUUUUAUUGUGUUAAAUAUAAUUAGAGAAAUGAAUCUCAUGAAACUAAAAUGAGGAUUGGUCUCAUUAAUUUACCUUAACCUAUAAUUGUUUUUUUUUCUAUAACUGUGUGCAAAAAAUAUUUUAGUGCUUCUGUGUAAACUUGAGAUAUUAAAAAAAACACCCUAAAAUUUCAUGUCAAUUAUAACUGUGCUUCUGUGAAUCAUCACACAAGAACCUCUUGUGUUAAAAAAUAUAUUUCACAAAGUGUUUUUUUUUAGACUUAAUUACACAAAUACGUAUAGUAAAUUGAAUACGUGAACCAGUGGACUUUCGUUUUGGAAAUUAAAACACAUAAAUAUGGAACGGGUAUUUGGGACAGUGACGUUGGCCGUACUACUUCAAUUAUGUUUAAUAGAUAAUGCAGCUGGAGUGAAAUGCUAUAGAUGUACCGUAGCACCAAGUGCUCGAUUAAAUCAAACAAUGCUCUGUGCCAAAUUUGACGAAAGCAACUACUAUGCUGUCGAUUGUCCAUACUCCACAAUGUGCAUGAAGAAAAUAUUUAGACUGAGAUUAAUGAAUGGUCAGGAAGUUGAGACCGUAACGAGAGAUUGUGCCCAACAAAAAAGAACGGAAGAAGUAUUUAGAAAUGGUCGAUGGGAGAAGGAAAAUACCAUUGAAGAGGCAUACGAAGAGGGAUGUGAAACAAUUGAAGAAAAUACAAGUACACAAUCAAAGACUGUUUUCUGUCACUGUCGCGGUUCACUAUGCAAUUCAGCUCCCACCGAACAUCUUGGAAGUUAUCAUGUUGAUGCCAUGGGUGUAAUCUUAGUAUUCAAUGCUAUGAAAUACUUCCGAAGUAUAGACUAAAUACACCAUUUGCACAAUAUUUACUGCCAAGACCUCCACAAAUGUUAUAAAUUUUUUUUUUAUAGUAUUAUCAAUUACCUAUUAAAAAUAUUGAUUUAGCAUUAUCACGUUAUUAUUCUGAGGAUAUUCUGACAGAGUUUACCAAUUCUAACCCACAAAACUCUCUUCCUCUUUCGGAAAAAAUAUCUGUGUUUUUUUUUCAAUCUCAAAUUUAUAAAGUUAUUAUUUUUUGUUCUCUAAGUACCUAAAAUCCCUACCAAGAUUCUAAACAGUUAUCUUAUCGCCGAAGCAAUGUUUUGUUAUGAAAGAUGUUUGAUGGAAUUUAUAUUACAGAUUAGAUACUAAAGUUGAUUUAGUUGAAAUUGUAAUGCUCGAUAUUUCCAUAAGAAAACUUAAUUUGUUUUAAUCCAAAAUCGCGUGCAAGGAAAAAUGCAAAGCAUUUACAAAACAAAAAUUCCAUGGUUGAAUUUAUCUCGAAUUCUAUUUUGCCGUUAAAAAUUUUUGAAAUGUACUCUUGUGACAUUCUUCUAGAGCAAAAUGCAAAAUGUGAAAUAGAACCUAUAUUUUUUAUACACAAUGUGAUAUAAAUAAAAAAAAAAUAUAUUGUAUAAAUUAUUAAAGAAAAA